GCCUGCGUAAAAUACCGGCGUGUGCGCGUGCGUGUCUGCAUGUGCGUUUGUCCUUCAGUGUGAUCGUAGCUGCACGCGACCCCUAGACCGCCAGUUCAUCUCCUGACACAGUCUCAGUGGGUUAAACCUUAACCACAUCACCGGCGACUUUGUCAGCGGUCGCUGCCAAACCGAUUCUCUCUGUUUUUGUGUAUCUCAAACGCGCUCUCUCUCCCCCUCACACACGCUCGCGGCUCAUCGUCACCCUCCGCUUACAACCACAACACGCGCUCGCACACCGCCAUCCCGACACACAGCUGGUUAGCCAGCUAGCUAACAUCCCUUCAACUAGCUGGUGGCGUUUUAGUUUAUUGUUUUUUUUUUCAUAUUGUUAUGUUUGAACGUGACUAUUGUUGAAGUAACGGAUUAUCUGCAUCCCUCCUCGGCUGACCGGGAGCCGCCAUGGAGUGCCGUGUUCUGUCCAUACAGAGCCAUGUAGUCCGGGGAUAUGUGGGCAACAAGAGCGCCUCUUUCCCAUUACAGGUAAAUACAACUUGCUUGCAUCCAUUAUCGGACAACGAGCGUCGCGACACCCUUUAUCGGACACGACUCCGUCUGACACGCUCGGUACCUCUUGGGCCAAAUUAUCUGACUGCCGCUUGGCAUAGACGCUACACAAACUGAUGUCGAGCACGUCUUUUUGUUGCCGAACAUACAGUUUUUCGUCCAUAGUUCACAGAACCGUUGCAAACCUAAAUCGGUCAUCCACCUAAUCCGUCGCUGGAAGAGUUAAUGUUUGACCGUGGGUUAAGUGUAUUUCCACGAUAUUGUACAGUCAAGAUCUAUAGAUGAAUGCAAAGGAAAACGGACUGUGAAAAGUCUGAAAUGACUAGACUGUCACAUAAAUAUUCAGCAACAGUCGCUAUGAAAGGUGGGGAAAGAAUUGUUCUCACCCUUUCUCCUGGCUUACAAACCAUUCAACAUAAACAACGAUAACAUUAAUAUUUCUAUUGUCAUUGUGUUUGUUUAACUGCUAUUAAAUGUAUGCUCCAGACGUUUGCAAAACCCUCAAUUAGGUCGGAGUAUGGUGGCACGACACCCAUCAUUGUGAGGGUGUCCGAUAAUGGAUCAAGGUGUCUUUCUGUUGAUCGCCCAUCGAAAAGACAAACCUACAUGUGGUGUCGACAUUAAAUAUGCGUUCAUACCUGGCCUGUGGAGUACUCCAGAUAUUAACAGUUGAUCUAAGUAUCAUAUGUUGCAAAAGUAGAUUUGAUAAAGAACCUUCAGAUGUUAAUUAAAAAACCCUUGAUGAUUGUUGAAAAUAUUUGCUUUGCGAUCAAAUCUUUUGGUUAGAAAUAGGUGCACAUGCAUAGGUAGUGGGUCGUUGGACGCUCCAUCGCACAGUCCGGUUGCAAAAGUUGGCUAAUGAUAAUCUCAGGGGUCAAAUGGAAACGUGAACCCAGAACUCAGCCUGUUUAAAGAGUCACCACUUCAUAGCAGUGCCUCAGGUUGCCUUCAUGGCUGCAGGCAGACAGGCUGCUGUUAUGGUCAUGAUGUGCAUGGGAAUAUCUUGAUGGACACACAUCCCACCUCCUGUAGAGAUAACCCUGAAGUCAGUCCAACAGGGGGGACAAGUAAUCGAUGCAACUGUUUGCAGAGUUGAGUUAUGUUAAACUUGCAAAAAUAGGGAGAAGGUUAUCAUUUGUGUUUUCUCUUUUUCUAGUAUGGUGAGUCAUAAACAAGGCUACAUCUUAUGAUAGUAUUCAGGUUAGUCUGCCAAUGAGUGUCGUGAGUUAUUUAGGCGGUACCCUGUUUAUGUACACUGCUGUUUCCUUAUUUCCUAUGUCACGAGUUAGGGGUCCAUGAGCUUAAUUAUCUUAGAGGUCUUCAUAACAAAGUUGCUUAUACAACUGUUCAACACCGGAUGUUUCCCUGCUCCAACACACCUGAUUCAAAUGAUCAGCUCGUUAUCAAGCUCUGUAAUGGCUUAAUAACGAGCUAAUCAUUUGAAUCAGGUGUGUUGGAGCAGGGAAACUUUGAAAACAUGCAGGACAGUGGCCCUUGAGGACUGGACUUGAGAACCACUGUUGUAGGCUAACCUCCCAAUAAAGUAGGUUGUAAUGCACCUUAAUGCUGGUUGUCAUCUCCCAUUAAACAAGAAGAAGGUAACACUAAAUAUAAAUAUUGCUAAUAUUAAUCUGACUGAGAACUUUCGUGUCAAGAGGUCUAUCAGCUGUUCUAUAUUCGAUAAAGGUGUCUAUGAGUCCUUUUCUAUUUGACUCCAACCUUUGAUUGAAGGGGUCAUCUUCUGAGAAAAAAAGAGGAGUAGGUAAAGAGUAGGCAAGAGUCAGUUCACCUAACAGGGGAGUUGAUUGUAAGCAAGAAGAGCUGUUGAGUGGCUCGACAUGUGUGUCAUGUUCCUCAGUCUGAUAAUAGGAACAAGUGGCUAUAUGUUGACUCAUGCAAAUCCAUUAGCAAUUAUACAAAAGCGACAUGAAGGGUCAUCAAUCCCUCACCUUAAGGCAGAGGGCCACCCCGUGUUUGACAAGACAGCAUAAGUACUUUAACAAGGAGCCAAAAAAGCAAAUGUGUUCAAAAUAGGCCCUUGAUUCGAUAUUACACCGAAGGACAUAGAGGUUACAAGCCCCUCCCAGCCUUGAAAGUGAUAGCCAUUUCCUUUUAUGCUCCCUAAUGUUGUCUGUAGGUUAAAAACAGGGAUUGCUUUAGGGUCUAUAAUUGCCACGUAAUGAUGAUGCUGGUGAUUGUUAGGCUUUCACAUUUUCCACCAGCGGCGCUGUGGCAGGCAAUAGCGUUGAUGAAGCAGAAAGGCCUAGAGUACACGUCCCAUCAGAAUGAAAGACAGUCACUUGUUGUGAGAAGUGCUGAGUCUAUUUUUAGCCUGCUAGGCUCCUGAAUGUAUUUUGCGGUUAUCCUAAUGGCUGCAGGGCUUUGAUGCAUGUAACCAGGAUUCACUGCGGUCAUUAAUGUUCAACUUCUACAGCUGAUUAAGGCUUGCUUGUACCAGGCUAAUGUACAAAUAGUUUUCAUAAUUCAGAUUAGACUAGACGAUAAAAGGUACAGCUUCCUACCAAUCUUACAAAGUAAAAAAACUGAUGCACGUAGGUUUAAAAAAAUGUUUACCAUAUUUUUAACUGGUAUGUACAGUAACAUGUUUUUUUUAGCAUAGUGUUAGUACAGACAGUUUCAGUUUGAACAAACCUUAACUCAAGCACCAUUCAGGCUGUAAACAUAUGACCUAUUCAGAAGUUUCUUUGAGCAUCAGAAAGCCCUUUUGUUUUAGCACCAUCCUCAGACGUAGCACAUAAUUUUUCUAACAUCUGUGGUAUGUGAUCAGCCAUUUGGAUCUGUGGGCUGGAAAGACAUAAAAAUACAACCAAACUAAAAAAAAGGAGAAAUUCUGACAGUAACAAUGACGCACUGUUCACUUUAAACACAAGUGGACACCCUCAUUAGUUGUAGUUCACAGACAAGAAUCAAUGAGCCAAAGGACAGCGGGGAGCAGCUAACCGUAGAGCAGAAAGAUCCCCAGGUACAGCAAGAUGAGGAAACUUACCAUCAGGGGUGGGACCUGGUGAUACUUUUAUUUAAGGACCUUUCUUAAUCAGAGGAUACUAGUGGCUCACAUACAGAUGCAGUCUGCACCCCUCACCAUACUUAACACUGCUGUUUUACCAACUUUCUCCAUUAUUUAGGAGUUAAAUCAGAAAAUCACCCACAUAACAAACUCUAUAGCCAUUACAAUCUGCUGAUUAAAUCUUAAGCAUCUGGUGCAAAAAAUUAUGUCACACUGAGAUGCAAAAAUAUCAAAAUUCAAAUAUUAGUGGCCCGUACAUCACCAGUUAGCUGAUCAGUGUGCUGCAGGUUGGAGAGUACGUGUUUGUCACAGAAUAAAGCUUAAAUAAAUAGGCUUUCUGUAACCAAAGUAAAGUGCUGAAAAUUUUAUGAAUAGAUCACGUUGUCGCUUGUGCUGGAGAAGUGCUUUUGUUGGGGGUCCUUCAAGUUAAUGAAAUAUUGAGGUUGAACGGGCCCGUCUGAAGCAGUUGAUAAUCUAACUUUUAAUUUGGCUCUCAAAACAAAAGGUUAAUUUCAAUGUGCAAAUGUGUCAGUUUUACAGUAUUGUAAAAUGCUGAGGAGUAAUUCAUUGAACUUGUAGAUGAUCCACUAUAGAUGCUUGUGAAAAACGUGACAACACUGUUAAUUCACACUUAACAAACCCUGGUUAUUGAAUAAGCUACUGUCUCUAUCAAGAUAAGACAAUGACUUCAUCAGCGUCUUAGAUAGGGUGUAAGAUAUAAGGAUGAUGAUUAUGAGGAGGAUGAUGAUGAUAUUGCCUGUAAGUGUGCAGGGCAUCCCUCUACUUGUGCUGACUGCAAAAAGGAUUGAAGGCCUGUCAGCAGGCAGAAGGCAGCAGUCUAAGGAAGCAGGGCCCUGAUUGGCUGCGAGAGGAUUCCUCUUUGUGACAUCAUUGGGGAUGGAGACUGAAUGCCUCACAGCAGGACUGCAUAGUCUCAGCUAUGAAAUGUCAGAGGAGUGCUGGCACUAGGAUUUUGGAUGAACUCAGUUUUAGAUGUUCAUGCUGAGUAAAAUUUAAAUCAUGAAAAUGGUAUCAAAUUUAAACCUCUCUUGCAGUUAGUUUUAUUACCUCCAAAACACAGUAACAACUGGAACCUUACUUUGACCUAACUUGUCGUUUUAAAAGUAGUUAAUGACUUUACAUCUUAGCCCAAAUAAUUCAAGAGCGGUUUACAGACCUCCAAUGUGAGGACCCAUCCCCAUUGAGAGGACUCAAGGUGAAGUUUUUUCUCAUGUGCUCCAGUAUGUUCGAAGUGGUCAUCUCGUUUUGUAUUUUGUCUUGUUGAACCCAUGAAUACACCAGAAAAUCAUAUUAACAAUAUAUACAUAAAAUAAAGCUCAAAGCAAUAAAAUAUAUUCACACUAGGGCCUGACUGAUAUGGAUUUUCUGGGGCCGAUACCAAUUACUAGGGGGAAAAAAAAUCUGAUUACCUGAUUAUCUUACUUUUUUUAUGAAGUUGUAAAAUAGAUAUAUAUACUGUAGAUAUACAGACUAGUUACUGGCACAGCUAACAGUGUAGUGAGGCUAAUAGCAGAUGGCUAACUCUAACUUUAGCGUGCAUAUUACUUGGUGCUUCACCGUUAUCUUGGCGUGACCGAGACCAGCACAGCAGUGAACAUCAUGAAGUGGGUUGAACUGAAACUUGUUGAUUUAUUAUGUAUUUCACAAGCUGGUUUAUUUACUGCUGAGGCGGACCUCUGUGCGUCCCUAAGCUGUCUGCUUCAGAUCCGUCACUCUGCUGAGCUGUGAGGUAGUUAGUGGAUGAAGAUUGUCAUGAGGUCGCUGCGCCACGUACAGGAUAAGUCGGAGAACUUUUCAAAUGGCGGAACAUUUUCGUAGUGAAACUGAGUCUUAUUCUCUGCAUUUUAUUUCUGAAAGUAUCGGCGAAAAUCAGCGAGUUUUGGCCGAUUACCGAUUAGUCUCAAAUGGGCUAAAAUUGGCAGAUUUAAUUGGCUCGCUGAUAAAUCGGUCGGGUCCUAAUUCACAAAAGACAAAAAAGACAUACUUUCUGUUUAAUCGUCUUUAAUUUGAAAGGUUUCGAAUCAACUUCCAACAUAAAAAGAAAAAGGUAUUCCUGCUUUGCUUUUAUUUUGAAAGGUUACAAAUUAAGUUCUGGUCUGUUCUGGAAGGUGGGUCCUUACAGUAGAGGUCUGCUAUGAAGGGUCCUGACAGUGGAGGUCUGCAGACAGACUGUCUUGAAUAAUUCUUUUAUUUAUCAGUGUUAUUUUAUUCAAUAUUUUACUUAGUUUUUUAUUAUCACAUGUGAGCUUUGUGUAUAGGAUGUGUGUUGGUAAUAAUGCAACAUGUUGCAGCAAUCUAAUGCUGAGGGCAGAAUAGAGGUACAGAAUAAGAGGAGACAGCCACGAGUUCAGUGGUUCUCAAGUCCAGUCCUCGAGGCCCACUGUCCUGUAUGUUUUGGAUGUUCCCCUGCUCCAACACACCUGAUUCAAAUGAUCAGCUCGUUAUCAAGCUCCGUGAUGGCUUAGUAACGAGCUGAUCAUUUGAAUCAGGUGUGUUUGAGCAGGGAAACAUCCAAAACAUACAGGACAGUGGGCCUCGAGGACUGGACUUGAGAACCACCAAGCUCGUUUGAGGAUGGAAAUCUUAAGAAUAAAAAAUAUAACUUGCCAAAUGCCAAAUUGGAAACAUUUUGAUUGAAUGAGAAGGGGCAGCAAUUUGGUCAAGGUGAGAAAAAUACAAGUAAAAUAAAGAAAGUAAAGUCGCUGCACCUUGUCAAAAGGUGCACCCAGCCAAGAACAUAACUGCUUUUCAAGCACCAAAGCGCAAAACUGCCUCAUUUGUGACGACUCAGAUCCUUGUCAGCCAACAAAUACAAGAGGCUGAAGAUUUUUCACACCAACAGCCAUUUUCAAAAGCCUUUACAUCAGCUGUUACGUGAUAUAGUUGGGUUUGAGACCAGAUGCUCAGAAAACAAAUGACAUUUCUAUCAAUGUCAGCUUUGUGCUCAGCAAAUGUAAGCUUGCUUAAAUGCUGAAGUGUGUGUUUACUUGAACACAGUUGCCGAGAUGCUGGAAAGGUUGUUGGCUUGUAUUUUUUUGUGUAUUCAUUAUUUGGGGUUUAGUAUUAUGUUCAAAUAAAUAUUCUAAUUUAUACAUUUUAUAUACCAUCGAAAAUGAAAACAAAUAGGCUGAUGGAAUCAUGCGCACAGAGGCACCAUAUUUAAAGUUGACUGUGGGGCAAAAUUUUGGUAAAAUGGACGUGUGACAUUUAUUUGAAAAGUAAAAAAUUGUACAAACCCUUUUCCAAAGUGGAGAGACUCUGCCCGCUUAGUCGUGACACAAUAAACAGAAAAUUUGUGCUGACUCAGACGGGAUCAGCGCGUAUUACUGUGACACAUGCUAAUUAAAGAAACUCAUUUAGAGUUGUGAAAGGGCUUCCUUAUUUGGGAAUUCACCAAAAGUAUUUCCCCCUUAGACGACAAAACUGUUUGCUUGCUAUAACGUCUUGAAUUUCCUCUCCUCUGUUUCCGACGUUGCUCUCCAUUCAGCGGCAUUGUAAACAGUAUCUGUGUCACUGACUUCAGGAUUAUGAAUAGAGCAAGAAAGGAUGUGACCCAAAUAACGCACUCCUGGCCUCAUCUCCAUCACCAUGCAAUAGAUAGCGGGUUAUAGGUUAACAGUGGGUUUAAAUCCUUCCCUCUUCCCCCUAAAAUCAAACUGAUCCACUAUCCAACCGAAUAGAGGAGUCUUGAUGGGUUGAUAAGCCGAUACGCCUUUGCAUCCUUUAUUUCUCUGACGCUGUUUGCUGAUAGAAUACAGCUGUGUUUACAUCAUAGUCCUUUGAUUAAUACUUCUUUUUGUCAACCAUUAUUACUCUGACAGAUUAUUACCACAGCUUUAUCUCUGAAAAGGAGUGUAAUCAUAGAAAUAGUGUCAUGUUCUGCAUCUCUGACACUGCCGGGAGCUCAGUUCUCAGAAUACCUCAUGCUGCUGGUGAGACAAAUACAGUAUUUCAGGAAACAUAUGCUGCACUUGAGAGAGAUUUCAUUAGUCAGACAGCAGUAGCUGUAGCGUUGACAAGUUAUUUCCAAGGUCAAAGCUAAUAUCUACUCUGCCUCGCUUCUUUGAAGGCAGACUCUUGUACCUCAAAGUUACAGUCAGUUGAAAAGAACAAAGAACCCAUUCACUCUGCCUGCUUCUUUUCUUCAGCCCAAUUAAAUCAAGUCACUCAGAUAACGACUGACUGCGCACGUGGAUAGUCACAUGACCUUCCCUCACUGAUUAGCACAAAAUUAAAAAGAAAAAAAGAAAAAAAAAAUCUUGCUAAGAAAAGUACGGAGAGGAGGAAAGCACCAGGAGUUUUUUUUAUUUUAAUUUUUAUUGCAGCUGUUGGCGAUUUGUGCAGGUUUCAGCUGAGAACUGAUGUAAUGCUGUAUCACGUUAUCUUAUUCAAUAUGUAUACUUACUCGACAUAUUAGGAGAGAAAAAGAUGACCGGUGGUAUUGAUGGCCUUCCAAUAAAGUGACUCUAUCAGAGAAAUUUAAAUUUUAUUUUGUUCCUUGUGAAGAUUUUGUAAUCAGUGACAUGUCUAAAAUAUUACCUUUAAAACAGGAACUCCCCAUAAUGUGACAUGUGUUGAUGUUAUUUGAGUUUAAGAAGAGAUGCAUGUAGCUAUGAAUGUUGAUAUAGAAUGCAAAACAAUCAAUUAAAGGGAAAAAAAGUCAUCACCCCCGAAAAAACACCUUUAGAGCAGUGGUUCUCAAAUACAGUCCUCGAGGCCCACUGUCCUGCAUGUUUUGGAUGUUUUUCCUGCUCCAACACACCUGAUUCAAAUGAUCAGCUCGUUAUCAAGCUCUGUAAUGGCUUAAUAAUGAGCUUAUCAUGCAGGACAGUUGGCCUUGAGGACUAGACUUGAGAACCACUGCUUUAGAGGGACAACACCACUUUUUAUCUGAUUAUUAUGCAGCUUGCCCCAGCACUUAAAAACAUAAAUAUGACAUAAUUGAAUUAUUUUUACCCCUACUUCUUCAAAAUAAGACAGAAACGUUUUGUGCUUAGGUUACCACCUAAAAUGGUCGGAAAUUUGAAGAGUUUGUAAAAAAAAUAAAAAAUUGAAAAAGGCUGUGAAAAGUAAAAUCCAGAUGCAGAUUUAUUUCCAUAUCUGAUGAUAUUUUUCAAAUUUGACAAUCAUGAUUUGGGGGUAAUUUCUUAUUUGAGCUCCAAAUGAGGGAAAAAUCAGGUCUGAUUUGUCAGUGAAAUACAACAAUUGAUUAAUUAGUUGGAAGCCUUUGAAUUCAUGACAUUAUUUUUUCUUACUAUCCAUCAUAACACUCAGCAGUAGCAUGCAGACCAAAUGUAAAAAUGUGUCCUUACCUCUGUGAUGGUCAUCUGACAAGUAACUUUUUUCUAAGAUACCUGGGUGAUCAGUCCCACCUCGUCUAGUGCUUGAACACUGAUCUGAUGUUUUUAGUGAGUUAGGUCAUGGCUUUGUAUUGGGCCUCUCUCAAAACUGAACCCUACAACAGAGAUUUAUACUGAGUGCUUUAUAAACCACUUGGCUCAUUGUUUUCCCACAUACUUGUAUGAUGCUUCAUUUCAAAUUUCCAUGGAGGAGCAUUUCACAGAUAAGAAGUCUGAUAUUUUCCACGGGAGAUUGAGACCAAAGUCGAACUCAAACCGAAAGUGAACAUAAAACCGAUAUUGACAUUUCUGCUAAACUUUGUAUUGGUCUUUUUCAGUUAAUAAGUUAUGAAUAAAAAGUGAUAAUAUUAUGAUAGCGUUUCACCAGCUUGUUUCUGCUGCCCUCGAGAGGCCUGGAAAACCCCUGGAUGCAGAUUAAAGAACAAAACAGGUUGUCAUCUAUUAUCAGUUUUGCUCAGGAACAGUUUAAUAGUUUAGAGCAGUAUAUACAGUCGAGCUCUUGUAGCUACAUGUUUGGCAGAAGUGUAACGUAUUUAUGCACAUGAUUUGAUUUGAUUUUGGAUUGGAUUGGAGUUAUUUUGGAUCCAUCAUUAGUUACAACAAGGUAUGCAGCAACUACUUUCCCCGGGGUCCUUAUAUUCAUUUCCAUUUUCAAUUUUGAACGUAGACAUAUACUUAUUUCCAGACAUUACACUUACAUAACACUCAUUCUACACUUCAUUCAUGCAGUAGGUCAUAUUCACUCUUGCUUGUUGAAAAAUAAACCAAUACAUAAAUAAGAUGAAGAAAAGAAAAGUGAUGAGACAAAACAGGAAAACAGAAUUUAUCUUAGGGAUAACAAGAAAACUUUAUCCAUCAGAGAGAAGAGCUGAACUUAAUUUCAUUCAUGGUACUCCUCUGUAUGUAAACACAUACACCUUUAAUUGUUUGUUAAAGCAACUUCUGUUCAUAUCUGAAAUUAUAAAGUCCAUCAUUGCUCUGUAAGUUUAAUUUUGGUGCCCAUUUUUAACUUCUAUUUUGACAUGACUCUUCCUGCUAACACUUUUCCUCUCUUUGUCUCCUGUGUGCAGGUUUUAGGGUUUGAGGUGGACUCCAUUAAUUCAGUCCAGUUCUCCAACCACACAGGUAAAACUGACAAAACCAUAUGUUUCUCUAUAAAACAGCCUAUGCGUUUGUGUGUGUGUCUGUGUGUGUGGGUGGGUAUGAGUCAGUCAGUGCCUCUAAUGUCGUGAUGAGGUGGUGGUAAGCCUCAGAGAGAUGAUAGUUGUCAAGGCAGGAGCUGCAUUGAGCCUAAAGAGUCGACAGCUGAGUGUGCCAAGUUUUUAGGAGGUCAGCGACUUCAGUGACCGACACCAGGGAACCAAACACAGAAGAAGCUGCAGGGGAAAAAAAAACUCCAUUCAUAAUUUUCCCAUGGUUUACUCUCCAACAAUCAUGAUGUUUCAGAUGCUGCUGUUUACAGUUUGUUUAAAUUUUAAAUGAUUGUGCCAAUAUUUUAAAGCAUGACAGCUCAGAAGGGUUUGUAGGCGGAACAAGAUCAAUUUCUUCAUGAGUGGGGGGGCAGAUUUAUUAAGUUUUCUGUGGCUCCAGGGAAACUUUUGGAGGUUAUAGGGUCAGACAAAAAAAAACCCAAUAAAAUAGGUGCAAAGAUGUGGCUUGAAUGUAGCAAAUCAGAGAGGGUCUAAUAUACCAUAAAUAAAAGCAUUUGUUGUGCUUGGUGCAUUUUGUUCCCAGUUAUCUGUGCCAUCACUUGUGUCACACAUACCUGCAACACUUUGAUCUCAUUUCCACCUCCCUGACUGAGUAAUCUUCCCUGCUCUUUUCCUCUUUUUUUUCCCCCUUAUAAGUGUUCUGAGAAGUCUGAUGUUUUUCAUGUAAACUGAACUUGAGAGAUGACUCAGCUAACUGCUGUGAAAACAAACACAUCUAGCCAGCUGUAGCUCAUGGCUUGGUGUUUGAAAUGGGAGAAAUCCAGACAGAAAUCCCUACAGUGUCAGCACAUUAUGACUGAGUUUGGAUUGACUUGUGCUUUUUGUUGAUUAAAUAGGUCUGCGAAUUCAGGAAGCCUCCAAAAGAUCUUUUUUACUGAUUUGCAUUUAAUAUCUCAUUUGUUGGGCAAUGUACAUCAUAGUGAAGCCAUGUUUUGUUUUACUUUCUUAAAUGUUUUUUUUUAAUUUUUUAAUUUCACUUUACUCUUUAUCCUCAUAUUUUUUUGCACCCAAAACUGGAAAUUUUUAUAUGGAAGAUAGGGCUGGGCGAUAAACCGAAAACUUACAGGUACUGAAAUUCACAACAAUAACCGACGUUAUUUCGCCCAUGUUAAUAUAUUUGGUGUAAAAAAAUAAAAAAUACAUAAAAUUUGGUUUUAGAUGUAUGUAGGUAGGCUAUGAACUCAUGUCCCUUCAAGACGCUGUCCUACAUCAGAGACGUGACUCCACCCCAUCCAGUCCGUAACAAAGAAGGAAAGACAGGUGAGGAGAUGGAGGACGGUUCAAAAGUUGUAGCAGCUGGAGCGGCGGCUGAAGUAGAAAAAGUCAAUGUAGGAGGGGGUGAGCAGCUUGUAGAGUAGUUAUCGUCCUGUUAUCGUUAUUGAGGUGAACUGCUCAGUAUAUCAUGAUAUUGAUUUGAGGCCAUAUCGCCCAGCCCUAAUGGAAGACCGCAUCAUGGAGUUUAAGAAAAUUUGAAUGAAUAUUUCCUCUAUUUUUACAUUUUAAGGCCCAAACAAAAAGGGUUUAUAUCUCAAAACUCAAUAACUGGAAGAUUUAUUUGUAGUAAAAAUAAAAAAUUAAAGUAAUUUGAAGCCCAGUUAAAAAAGAUCCUAAUUAUUUUCUUUGGAUGGUGAUCAGACUUGUGCAUAAGUGUAUGUAAGUUUGACAUAGAGCCAGUAACAAGCUAUUUUAAGUGUUUGUUACAGAGAGGCCUUGACUCGCCAUUUAAUCAGUGCGAUUAUGAUUUCUGUGGUGUUGCCGCGAUGGAUGAUGUCAGUCUUAUAAAUCUUGAAAGUGAUGUGCUGUGAUUAUGCUGCGUCAGACUGAGGUUAAGACUAAUUGUUGGUGUACUGCAGGAUAUGUGUUGUUGUGUGGGCGAGCUUGGGACUCAUCUGUAGGUGCUUAGUUGAAUAAAAACGCGGUAAUUAAAAUUCUGUCAUUGCAAAUGUUGUCGCUUAUAAACAGUACUGAUAAGCUCUAUCUUUUAGACAUCACAGAGAAUUUGACAAACCCCAGUUGUUUGUUUUUAUUUUUCCUUCAGGAUAAUACACAAAGUCUUGCUCUAAAGAGAGACCUUUGAAAAUAUAUGCUGACAAACUAAGAAUAUUGUACAAUUCUGUUGUCACUUUAAACAAUAUUACAAAAUUCAUUUUUUUAGUUUCCAGCACCACAAAUAACAUAUGACCCAUCUGUUUUGGUGGCAGCAAAAGACUCAGAACCAUUUUUUCUCCCUAAAUUAGAUUUUUAUUGUUUGCUGCAGCUGAAAGGCUCCCCACAAUCCAAGUCCAGUAAAAGACUUCAUCUAAACAUUUGAUAUCCAUGAAGGAUUACUUCAAAACUGUAAAGGGUGUUUGUUCUCGCUCAAGUUGUCUGCGAUCCAUCUCACCAUGUAUGGGUAGUGUUCAGGUUCUUCUUUGUCAGCUAAGCAACUUAGUGUAAAUGCAGGUAGUGAUGGGGAUUCAGAUCAUUUGGCUCAACAAGAAGAGGCACUCAUAUAGUUCCCAAAUGGGUCUGAUUUUUAGUGCCAAGUCCUUGCAACUCACACAUUCUUUCCACCUCAGCAUAUAAAGUGAAAUGAAAGUAACAGAACUGAUCAAAUUAACAUUCACGCUUUGGAAGCCUAGGUUGAUUUGCAGCCGUCCGCUGGUCUGUUUUAUUGGGUUUUAAGUUUCUUAUCUUCCUCUUGACAAAUGCCUGAGAGAUGCUGUUUGGGGUGCAGCUUAGGCCGGUCAGUUGGUCAAUCAAACUCAGUAGUAUUAUGGUCAGCAAACCAUUUGGGAGUAGUUUUCUGUGCUGUGGGCAGGUGCCAAGUCCUGCUGGAAAAGGAAAUCAGUUUUUCAUCAGGUGGAAGCAUGAAGGGAUUGAAAAUGUCCCAGUAGACAGCUGCGUUGACUUUGGAUCUGAUUAAACACCAUGGACCAAACAAAAGCAGAUGACAUGGCAACCAGAUGAUCACAGACUUCACCCAUCACUUCACACUGAACAUACAAACACUGGAUACUGUGUCUCUCUGCUCCUUCUCUAGACUCUAGAACCUUAAUUUACAGACAAAAUGCAAAGUUUAUUUUUACCUGAAAAGAGGUGCACUUUGUUAAAAUGAGGAUUUUGGUCUUCAAAAUCAACCCUUUGCUGAAAAAAGGGUUGUUAAGGCGCAUGCUAUUUUUGUUCACGUCAAGGAAGGCGUGUUAGAUUGAAAGUCAUCAGGUGUCAAGGUACAAACAUGUGGCUUUGGGUGAUAAGUCACAAAAUUGUAAACUCCGGUAAGUUGUCACUGCAGGAAUCAUUCAAAAGUUGGUCACUUGGAUCUGUAGGUAAAAACAUGAAAUGUGAUUUCUUGAGCCCCUUACAUCAGCGCUUUAACUGUCUCAGUGAAAUAUAAGGGGGACCAGUGUGUAUAUGUAAAGUAACUCUCCUAUAACCCUUAAGCCAGAGCAAAGUUCAUUGUUUGUAUCAUUGGAGACCAGUUACAUUAGCAUACCACAGACUAUUUUGAUGUCAGAUGUAGUGCUCAGUGUUAUAAUUACCCUUGGGAAGAUCAGACAGUGAUUCAGCUGAAGAUGAUACGAAGAACAAAAGAUAUUGAGUGACCUUACCAUGAGAACACCUGGCAGUGUAGCAUCUGUUUAGUGAGAUCUUGUAUAUUGGAUAAACCACAUUUGCAAUUUGUUGGAGGCAAGCACAUAAUAUGGUGUGACAUAUUGAAGAAGACGUUUGCAUCUGAGAGACAGAGCGUGUGGGUGAGGGGGACAGAAAGAGUGAAUCGAGGAAGGAGGACAUGACAUUUUUGAAUGAGAGAGAUGGACAGAAGAUGAUUGAGAGAAAGAGAGAAGGGGGGGGAGAAAGCGAGCGAGCAGGGAUGCGGGGGUAAACAGCAGCAUGGUGCUGUGAAUUGCGACAGCAGCAAAUGAUGACGACAAGAGCAACUCUAAUCUGUAGGCCUGCCUUCAUCCUCCCUCCCUCACACACACGCACUCAACAUUCUGACUGCUCAUCUCUCUUUCUUAGCCCCUUUGGCUUUCUCCUGGCUUGUUGCUUAGCAACCAGAACCCCCCCGCCACGUGACCUGACUGUGACUCACCUGGAGCUGCGACAUCAUCAGCCUGCAGCAAACAUGACAUACGCAGACACACGUGCACCAGCGCAUGCUUUACAUUUUCAUUCUCGGCACAUCCAUAUAGGGACACAACGUACUUUAUAAAUAUGCACACCUACAUCUGCAAACGCACACUCAAUGCACACGUCGUACACUAACUCAACACACACACACCUCUCCACUUAGUGUCGGUGUCUUUUAAUAAGAGUCUGUGUCCUUGUCCCCCCUCCUCGCUGUCUAUGACUGACUAGACACUGUAGCUACCUGCUGCUUCGAGACCUGCUGCGCUGCGUGUGUGUGUGUGUGUGUGCAUGUGUGUGUGUGUGUGUGUGUGUGUGUGCGCAUGUGUGUUGUUUCCUUUGAUUAGAGACAGUGCAGAGCCUUCACUCCUCUGUACUUAGUCAGUUUAUAAGUUCAAAAGAUUCAGUUGUGGAAAGCAGCAUGAACCUACAACAGGAUUUUUUUUGUCAUCUUUUGGCAAGAUCAAGCCAAGUCAGCAACUCCAGACAUUAAUCAUACACCCUUUUUUUGGCAUUAUUGUUUAUUUAUUUUAGUUUUAGGUCUCUAGUGCCGUCAAUGAUGGUGUAGGACGGAGUAAAGAGUAGGAACCAGAGAGAGAAUGAGAAGGACUGUAAUCUCCACCAAUAGUUUUUUGGACAUGAUGUUUUUAUCAUUACGUUUUGUUUCAUUUCAUUGUAUCAGUUCCAGAUACAGGAAUGAAAAAAAGGAGCAGAAAAAAGAAUUUAGCCUUCCCCUCAAUCCAAACAUCCUUUUUUUGUCAUUUUGAUUAGGGGUGUCCCAAUACAAUAUUGAUAUCGGAUAUUGGUCCAAAAUCAGCAAAAAAAUGAAUAUCAGAUUAUAUCUGCCUGCAUCUAAAAUCUCCGAUAUCAGAUAUCAAGCAGUCCAAUCCAGACUCCACUCCAGCCCAUGUGAUCACAACAACAGUGUUUACUAAGGAACUAACAAAGUAGCAAGGAGUAAGAGUGAGUAAGAGUGUUUUUCAUUACAGUCUGGAAAAGACAUUGCAGCUGAGUGCAAAACUUGUCAUGCACAAGUUUGUGCUAAUAUCAGAUCAAUAUCAGUAUCGGACAAUAUCAGAGGCUACAACAUCGGUAUAGUAUCUGGGGUAAAAAGUUGUAUCUGGACACCCCUAAUUUCGAUGAAAUGUAUAUGCCUUCUUUGGUUUUGUUUCAUUAAUUUGAUUUGCUUUAUUAAAAGAAUACAAUUAGAAGAAUAAAAGAGAGGAAAAAUAAAGCAAAUCAAGAAGGUGUAGGUUCAAGCUAUAGCUUAUUUUUCCCUACGCCUUUUAAGUCAAAAAAAAAAAAAAAAAAAAAUUCAGUGAGGCAGCCUCCAAGGCUUCAUAACAGACAGAAAAUCCUUCGAAACAAACCAAAUAUUGAUAAUUUCAUAAUGAGAAUCUGAGCUAACACAGCCAAAAGUUUCAGUUUAUUUAGAAUCACUUUUGUUCGGACCUGACUUUGGUUUUAAACAUUGAUGGGGUUUACAUUUACAAUCAAAUUAUGCUACUAAUCUGGUUUUUCUGUCUAUUUUUAUAAGCUGUCCUUCCACUGCCACAGCUUUGUAUUGUCACAUGUGUCUCAAAAACCUCCCACUUUAGAAGUGGGAGCAGAUGGUGUCAUUUUGACAUCUUACCAGUGUCUGAUGGCGGGGCUUGCAUUACUUUGACAGGAGUGGGUGAAAUGGCAAAAUUAUAUCUCAACUCUUUUUUGGCAGAUUUUUUUUUUUAACCAUUCUUUGUCAUGAUUAUUUUCAAGAUUUAUUUUUAUACCAUUGUUUUUUUUCCCUGUUGAAAGAAUAAAGUCUUCAGAGAAAAAAGACUAAGAGAGCGUUUAAGUCAAAUUGCUUUUUGAACAGAUUUAAUCUUUGUGUGCGAUUUGGCCAACUUGUGCCAAGAAAAUGAACAUUUAAAAACGUAUGUGGACAUGGAUGACUCUUCAAGAACAUUCAGUUUCAGACAUUUAGUUCAAGUUAAAAAUAAACAAUGGUCUAUGAAGGUAAGCAUCAACGACACUCAGGUGAAGUGAAUCGAUGUUUAUUUAACUGUGUCUGAGGCAGAGCUGAGUCUGUAACUGUUUGUUUUAUAAUACAUGUCUGGUUAUUCCUGCAUGAGUUUCAUCCUCUAUUGAGAUUCAAAGAGAUAUCUUUAACAUACCGAUCUCAAGAUAGUGUCAUAAAAGGUAGAAGUUAGUCUAACUUUAACUGAAAAGAAAUAAAGAAAUCAGCAACUAAAGCAACUAAAGUUAAAGUCAAACUAAGCAACUACAGAAUGGCAUCCAUAUAGACUAUAUCUGGUAUAGUAGUUAGUAGUUUUAUCCUGUCCCCCUUUAAACUUUUAGAAGAAGACAAACCAGAAGAAGUUAAGGAAUAUUGCAGGAGGAGUUUUUUUUUUUUUCUUUUUUUUUUUUUAAUCACACUGCUCCAUUCAUCACAAAAAACUGGGAACUUAACUUACUGUAAAACUUGACAUAUCGGCCUGGUAUUUUCAUAGUCAGCAUGCACAGCAAUGAUACAGUGGAUUCAUUUGAUGUGCCAUUUGUUUAUGCUGUGAUCUGUAUGCGUUAUUUGGUCUGCGCAUCAAAGGUUAUAUCAAUUAGCAUAGAAACACAACAGAUGACAACAGACUGUGCUGAUACAACGGUCUCUCUGGGUUUCCAGGUCGUGGACACAUUUGAAUCCUUCACAAUCUAUGAAUGUCCUGUUGCUCACUCUUGCUUUGAAUCACUGAAACUUAGGGAAGAAGUUAAAGUUUAAACAAUUGUUAACGUAGUCUGAUACCACAACUUAAACGCAUUUUUCUCAGCAGCUUCUACAUUCAAACAGUAUCCUCAGUAUCCUGACCUGCCAAUGCAAAAAACAUAAUUUGGUUGCUUAAUAACUUAAAUGUGUGCCUGCAUUCUGGGAUUUAAUGCAAACAUAUACAGUAUGUGUGUUUGUGUGUGUUUGUUUAUUUGUGCCCAUGAAUAAGGAAAAAGAAGAGUAUCACCAAAUGUGUUAGUCAGCAUCUUCUGUAUCUGCUGUCCUUUCUGCAGGUUAUUCUCAUUGGAAAGGCCAGGUGUUGACAGCAGAUGAGCUCCAUGUUCUCUAUGAGGGAAUCAAACUGAACAAUGUACACCAGUACGACUACGUUUUAACAGGUGAAUACACAACAGCCUCACCCUCUGAAACUACCCUGGUGUUCACUCAGAUUAAAGGGACAUUUUAGAGUUUUAGAGGGGAAGGGUAGAAAACUUUUAUGAGAACUGGAAAGGAAGACAGAUCCCAGGUAACCAAGGGGUGCAGGUUUGUAAACAGCAAGCUAAUAACCCCAACCAAGAAAACUACUGUUAGUCAUGAUACUUUUGGCAAUCAAAAUACACCAGCAGUUCAUCUGAGUCUGCAAUCUGCACCAACUAUAGUCUAUGACAUGCUGAAUCCUAAACGCUGUUUUGAACAGCUUUCUUCAUUCUUAAGGAUGUAAAUCAGAAAGCUAGACAGGCUGAAAGGAAGUAUGUUUUCAUGAUGUUUGGCUCUCAUUGUUUAUUUUUGUAACCCAUAGUCCACAGGGCAUGUUUACCUCAUCUGAAGUCACUGUGUUGGGAUUGAACUGAAAUACCAAACUCUACAGCCAUCACUGCGUCCACUGGGUGAUCUCAGGCAUUUGGUAUUUGACAAUAAGCAAAGCUGAGAUGCAAAAAUAUCAAAAUUCACAGUACACCAGUGCCUCUUACUGCAAAUACCUGAUUAGCUGAUCCCACGGCAUAUGAAAGAGCACUUCUGUGUGCGAGUCCACAGGUAGUGAAAAGACAAAUGGGCUUUCUGAUGGUGAAGUAAAGUGCUGAAAAAUUUCUGAGUGGCACGAACACUCUAACCGUGAUGAGUGCUUAGGUCAGAGUCUCUCGAAAUUAGCUAAAUUAGGUGGAGGAGUUGACCCCAUCUGCCAAAAACAAAAGCAUGUCUAGUGCCCUGUAUGUACUUGCAGUCUCUCAGUAAAAGGGCAGAGCUGACUGGUAUCCAUUGUGGCUAGUACACCUACUAGUAGGGGUGGGAGAAAAAAAUCAAUACAGCGUAGUAUCACGAAAUGUUGUCUGGUGAUAUAUCGUAUUGUCUCAUUUACCAAGUAUCAACUUUUCAAAUUGAUUGUUAAUAUAAUAAAUAAUAAUAAUUCAUUUUAUUUGUACAGCGCUUUUAAAAACACUCAAAGACGCUUUACAUAGUGCGUAAAAUUCAAGAUAAUAAGACAAAGACAUAAAAACAGUAAGAUGGACGAAACAGUUAAAUAUUAAAAGCAAUUUUAAAUAAGUGAGUUUUUAAAAGGGAUUUAAAAGUAGUGGGGUCAGGGCAGUGUCUGAUGGAGGGAGGUAGCGAGUUCCAAAGGGUAGGGGCAGCUGUGGAGAAUGCCCGAUAUGAAGUCAAAUCUAUGAUAAUGGAAAAUUAAAAUCAACUGUUUGUCCAGUGAGGUUGGCAGAGGUGACAUCAUAGUGCAGGAGAAAGAAAUAUAUAUAAGGUUUGCAAGAUGUGCUACAUGAAAAUAAAAUACCGCAUAAAUAAGACAAACUCAAAGGAAAGACAAAUGCUAAAUUAGCUAAACAGUUGAAAAAAAAUUGUAUAAAUCGCAAUAUAUUGUAUCACAAUACUCACUGUAUUGCAAAAUGUUAGAAAUUGUAAUAAUAUGGUAUCAUGGCCCAAGUAUUGUGAUAAUAUUGUAUCGUGAUUCCUACCCCUACCUACUAGUGACAUGUAACUCAUACAACCCUGCUUCAAGUAUGGUGAAAUAAGAUUGAAGUUCAAACCAUAGUAUUUUAAGUAUUUUUAUUUAUCCUGCAUUGAUUUUCCCCAGCCUCCCUCAUUAGUAUCUCUUUAACAUUCAGUACAUGGACUUAAUGGUUAACCUGGAUGUCCAGAGAAUUUUUGGCGAGUCGUAGUACACCUUAGGGUUCACUGUCCUCAGUGCGCCUUGAGAACACAGCAACUGCUUUCACAUCAGAAGUGUAAAACAUCUGCCAAAGAUCUAGAGGGGUGGUUCUCAAGUCCAGUCCAGGAGGCCCACUGUCCUGCAUGUUUUGGAUGUUUCCCUGCUCCAACACACCUGAUUCAAAUGAUCAGCUCGUUAUCAAGGUCUGUAAUGGCUUAAUAACGAGCUGAUCAUUUGAAUCAGGUGUGUUGGAGCAGGGAAACAUCCAAAACAUGCAGGACAGUGAGGAGUGGACUUGAGCGCCACUGAUGGAGUAAUGACAACAUUUUGAAAACGUCAACUAUGUGUUGAGGGUUGUGUGUGUCUGUUGUGUGAAGGGUAUACCAGAGACACAUCCUUCUUGGAGAUGGUGGUGGACAUCGUACAGGAGCUUAAGAGAGCCAACCCUAACCUGGUGUAUGGUAAGUAACUGCUUGGUUUUACAGGUUUUUCUUUUUCAUACUAAAGCUGAUUCUAAUAAAACCACAGCCAUGAGACUUUUUUGAAGAAGAAGCAAAAGUUGAAUGUGAAAUAUCUUUCAGAAAAUGUAUAAUGUGAUGAAACAAAAGCCUUAACGUUGAUUCUUUCAAACUGAAGUUAUAUCAUCAGUAUGGAGUGAACUGGUGGCAAAUGUUUGAGCAUAAUAUCAUUUUGGCCAGGUUCUAACUUGAUUUGAUUAUUGACAUGAGUUUACCGAGGCGUCAGGGUACUCUUAAGCAACGUAUCAGUAAAUAGGAUGCAGCUUACAAUUCUGAUGUUUUUCAAAUGAUGUUUUUUAGGCUUGUAUGGCUUCAUUCAGAGAAGUUGGGACAGCAGACAGAGUGGGACACCACAAGAGAGGUAGUGACAUGCAAGAAAGGGGCUACAAGUUGGAGUAGGGAACAGGAUCGGUCUUGUUCAUGGGCAACUUGACCGCUGCAGAGCACCCGUCAACCUGUGCUCUGCAGCAAUCUUUAUCUACAGUCAUGGGUGGAGUCAGAUAAAACUAAAAACAUGUAAUUUACUAGAAAACUGACCAUAAGUGCACAACAAGACUUGACUUACUCCGUUUAGUCCGCUCUAAUCCUCAUGCUAGCCCAGAGAUUGGGAGGCUAGCUCUGAAGUACGCUGCUCCACAUUAAGGGGAACAAUCUGCCGAAGCUUUGUAUAUUAAACAGGCUAAUCCCUUUUAAUCAAUUUAAAUCUCCUUUGACUGACGCAGAGCAGCGUGUGAAUGCAUGUGUUUUCUCCAAAUAGAGCAUGUUGAUUGUAUUGGCCUGCUUGCUGUAUCACUUUAGGUUUUUAUUGACUCUAACCUCUGUGGGCCUAGCUUCUCAGCCCCAUUCAUUAAUCUCUCACUUAAAAUGCCUCAUGCUUCACUAUGUUCACUGAUCACCGACUUUAUUUGUCUGCUGUCUGGAGCUGGACAGGUUUAAUCAUUUAAAAUCCAAAACUUGAAUGAAGAUAGAUACCUGCCGCUGAUGCUGGAACUAGGUUGACAGCCCAAAAAUCUGCAGAGCUGCUUAGUUUUGUCUCCUUGAAUGAACUCUUACUAGCUUUAUUACAAGUGUAAUUGUGCUCACCCAUCAAGGUGAGCCAAAUGUAGAAUAUGUUGAUCAUAUGGUACUUCAUUUAUCAAAGAUUUAUGCUUGUGAUAGUCCGACAUAAAUCAGAACAAACCAAAAGACAGAUGUGGGGAGGCUGUAUUGGUGAAAGUCUACAUAGAAUCUACUCAAUUUUAAAUACUGCCAAAGCGUUAAGCUAUGUCCCUUGAAGUAAAUUGUGUUUGUUUGUUUUUUUCUCACCAGUCAGGAGGAUUUCAUCUCACAUCUCAUAUAUUCAUCUCAUUUUCAGUGAAAUCAAGGCUGUUACUGCUUUGCUUGUUGAAAUAGUGCCACUAUUCCUGCCACGAUUAAAAUGUAUAAAAACCUAAGAGGGGACAUGCAUUAUCUGUUUUUUGUUAAGUGGGGUACUGUUUCUUGUGAACAGAGAAGGCUUUGUCAUCAUAUACUUUUCAGUUUGUCUCACUAUCUUUAAUGUUACAUUCACUGCAGGUUAUCAUGUUGCAAUGAAAGGAUGCAUUUGUUGACCCAUAAUGUGGUCCUAAAUACCUUUUACAUUCAUAGAGAAAGGAACAACAAGAAGGCAUUGAUAGAGAAAGAGAGUAGGAACUGGCAUCACAAAACUUCCACUGUAAACAUGUCUGUGGCGGAGUCGCUCUCUGUGAGCUCCUCUGCUUUGCCUGUUGUGACAGCUGCAAGACCUGGAAAGUACCAUAACAUUCCUGACGCCUUUAUCUACUUCUGUUUUUGAUCUACUGGCCUCAAAUAACUUUUUGAUAAAGGGACAGAGUAAGACACCCCCUCGAGAGAUGAAUGUUGCUGACUGCUUGCUUCUCUAGUUAAACCAACUUCAGCAACGACCGCACGAUAGCAAAACACAGCGGUCUAUGUCUCCAGGUACAAACCUCAACCAAAAAGCCACUCUAUAGCCAUAAAUAAAGCUCAGAACAGCACAUAACUUCAACAACAGUACAUAUAGGGUCCUAGCCAUAGUACUAGCUAUAAAACAUCGUUUUAGCGUUACCUGGUUUCCUUAGCAAAGAGACCAAACAUGACACACCCACUCUCCUCCAGCAGCCGCUUGUUUUUGGGGGAAGUCCUGAUGAGUCCAUCAUCGAGUGAAGCAGUUUCGCAGCUCAAGAAAGAACAUUCCUGAUUAUUACUUCAUGAAAAUGCAAACAGACCUAGAAGAAAAAAAACUACCGCGUCUGCAGUGCAAAAUUAUUAUUAUGAUAUUAUUACCACAUGUAAAUGAUUUGCUGCACUCAGUGAUCAUCUCGUCAGGGCUUCCCUGACGAGGUAUCUUCUCUUAGAAAUAUUUAAAAGCAAAGAAAAGUUUAAAAUUGAUAGAAAUUGUUUAACUGACAUUUCAGGGCCAUGGCUGUAGUAUCACUAUGUUGUUGCCAUGGGUCUUAUUUAAAACUUUUGCGCACACAAAGUACACACAGAGCCUUGAGAAGCACAAAAAUGGUUAGCCUGAAAAAUGAGCACACCUGAAUGCAAACUGUGACCUAUGGGUGAAAACUGUUUGAAGGCAGAUGUUGAGGUGUGGAACUGAAGCCAGAUUGUACAAUGAUCUCUGUCGCACAUUUGAAAUCUCUUACUGUCAAACAUUAGUUGUAGAUAGAUCUCACAAUGAACAUUCAAACCAUCAGUGUACCUGCGCUCAUGAGCCAUAACUAUUCCAUAAGCACCUUUUAAUUACGAAGGAUUACAAUCAGAUCUUGAAUCACAGCUCAGUACUCUCUACGUUUAAUUAGGACUGUCUGGACAUCCCAAGUUUAUUCAUCUGAAUAGUUUUAUGAUAUGCCAUUAUAUCCUUUUUGGAGAUGUACAUUUUGAAUAUAGAUGCCAUCCACAGUAAGUCACAGUUGUGAAAGAGGCACCUGUGAUGACCCUUUUGACUUAUAACACAUGUUGUGGAUAACUUCAGGAAAUUCAGGUCCUGAUAUUUUCAAAAACCUGCCCCUUACACAUGUACCCCACAGCAGGAGAGGAUCUGUCCUGUUUUUCAGGGCUUAACUCUACUAACAGGUCGUUUUUACUCUACCAUCUUACUGAGAAAUAACUCAUGUAUUUGUCCCUCCUUGUGGCAUCUUUGUACAGUGGACUUGAAGUAUACAACCUACUAUCAUAGGGCUACUAUCACAGCUUCAUGUUUUUCAGGGAAUGAGACUUUUGAAAUGUGUCCUCUCUCUGGUCAAUGGUGUCUCCAUAUCCACGGUCAUGCCUCUCAAUAAUGCAGCUUCACUUGUUAGUUUGAAGUCUGAGACUGAAUAUGUUUUUUGUCUUUUUCAGUUUGUGACCCAGUCCUUGGUGACCAUGGAUCAAUGGUGAGAAAAUAAAUAGCACUUUUGUGCUCUGUGUAGUGCACACACAGCUACUUAUAUCUAUUGUUAUUAUAUGCCACUGUAAAUAAUAGAAUAAGGAUCUUGAAGACUGUUUGAAGGUUUUACUGUUCAUCCAUGAGACGGUUUGUUUAUUUAUGCGUGUGUGAGUGUAUUUGUACAAGUGUGUUACUGUACUGUAGUUAUAGGGCCAGUUUCUCUCUGACAGGUGGAUCAUUGGGAUCUUACUGAACUAUGUAUAUGCAGUGACUCGCUGUGUAAGCGGACAUGCACAUUUUCAGGGAUUAAGAGCAUAUUCUGUCUGUUAGGGCUCAAAAUUUGAAACCACGUAAACAAAAGUCAGCUAAAGGUGAAAAUUAAAUGAGCUUAUUAGCUUGUAUGUUUGUGUGUGAUUAUGUGUGUGUUUAGCCCUCCCUUUUAAGCUCUAUUUGUGCAUGUUAAUUAAGUUGUAAUGGUCUAACUCCAGUGUCUCUUUCUGCAGUACGUUCCUCAGAAUCUUUACCCGGUCUAUAAGAACAAGGUGGUUCCUGUUGCAGACAUUAUUACUCCAAACCAGUUUGAGGCCGAGUGAGUACAAAAGUGUUUGGUAUUCCUAUAGCAUUUGUAUUGAUAGGCUGAUGAUGAAUUUCUUUAAUUUUGAGGGCAUUGGUUCAAAACUUCCCUUUGUAUUUGGAUUUACUCAUACCUCUUAGUUUGUACUUGUUCAAGUGGCAGGGCAUAACUUUUAUGUAACACCACUCAUGUUGUUAUCUAACACCUUUCUGUCAGCAAUUUUAAAAAGAAUAAACUGGAAAUAAGAGUAAGCUCUCCCCUGAUCUUCACUGUUUUACCCUUUUGAUACAAUUAUUUGCAAAGCUGGAAAUGUGAAUUUGUAAAUGCUGCAUGAAAAGUCUUCAUACGUAAUCCUGAUAAAACUGAAGUUGAAAAGUCAGAGUGAUAUUUUUCCUUGACCAGGGAGUUACAUCCAUCAAAACAUAAAAAAACUGAACAGAGUUCUGCACAUCUUUACAACUACCAGGUCUCGUUUAAAAACUGGGAUCUUUAAUAAAGCCUUAAACUAAAAUUCGGAUCAGAUGCUUGGCAAAGCCACCAACAUGUGUUUGUGAUGAUGUGCGCAGUAGCAGGGUCAAAAAGGUUGAUUUCAGUGUCUGCUGUAUAAGUUUUGAAGAUAUCAGCAUCUAUUGUUCAGUUGGAAAUUGAUAUGUAAUGAUCUUCUAGAAAAGACAUUCAAAUGAGGAGAAAUCCUUUGGCUUGGUUUUUGCUUGAAUAGACUAAAUGGCUGCUUUUAUGACAAACAGCAGCACCAAGCAUUGGUCGAAGAGAUAACUGUGUCAGCUCAGUUUCUCUACAGCUCACGGUCAAACUGCUCCACCUAGUGCUGCAAAAAUAGACUUUCAGUUUAUUUUUUAUUAGAAAAGAACUAACUAUUAAAUAAUUUCAAUGAGGAUCCUUUACUUGGAUGUUGCUUGCACUCUGAAAUGUGAUUUUUUGUUGUUGCCAAUGUUAAGUUUGUCUGCAGUAACAACAAAGGUAGUAAUGGUUAUUUGUUUGCUUGUUUUAGAUUAUUGACGGGGAAAAAUAUCAGCACAGAGAAAGACGCUGUAGAGGUAACAGAUCAACUCUUUAAUCUCUCUCUCUUUUUCAUAAUUCCUCACGAAAUAUCUGGAGUAGCUUUAAAGAAAACAACAAAAACACACAAACUGUCAGCUCAUUUAAAUCAGGGCUGAAAACAGUACUGUUUGCUGUGGCUUUAAUUGUACUUUGCUGUUCUGUCAAUUUCAAUUGUUUUAAUAAUUUAUAUUACAUUUUAAUAUUUUAUUGAUUUUAAGAUGUCUUUUUGAUUUUAAACAGUUUUAAUCUCUCUUUUUGUUAAUUUCCUAUGUAUGUCCUUGCAUCUGUAAAGCUCUUUGAAUGGCCUUGUGUAGAAAUGGUGCUAUACAAAUACACAGUUAGAGCUGCGGUGAACAAUAUGUUUGAAGGUUGAAGGAAAUAUUACAAAUCAAAGAUUUUUGUUACUUAAACAAAAAUAUGUUCUUGUUUCCUUCCUUUCAAAGUAAGAGAACUGAACUCAUUUGUGUUUUAUUAUUUAUUUUACAUUUUUUACACGUUUUAGACAAAACAGUUUGUCAGUUUGAGAAAAUAUUUCGAAGAUAUUUAGAUCGGUUUAAACACAUCAUAUUUCCUCAUUAUUACCUGCAUUUAAAGGAAAUGCUCCAGCAUCCCUCCUUCACACACUGAUUUUUUGCAGGUCAUGGACCUUCUUCACGCAAUGGGCCCGGACACAGUGGUCAUCACCUCCUCUGAUCUGCCUUCCAGACUUGGAGACCGUUUCCUUGUGUCCCUGGGCAGCCAGCGCCAUGGUGGGCUGUGAUUGACUUCUUAGUGUGCAUAGAUGUGUGUAAUAAUUAGUUCACACAAUCAAAGUGAACUCUUUUGUGUAUUUUCUGUGCUGUCCAGUUCGUCCUGAUGGCAGUAGGACAACAGAGAGAGUCCGAAUAGAAGUGCCGAAAGUGGAUGCCGUCUUUGUUGGAACUGGAGAUUUAUUUGCUGCUAUGUUGCUAGCGUGGACACACCACUACCCGAAUGACCUGAAGGUAAAAAAAAAACUGAGUGUAAAGAGAGAGACCUUUUUAAGAUUCUGUUGCCUCUAAUAAAAAAUAUUUUACUCAUACUGAGAGAUUUUAGACCAAGGACAGCCAACUGAGCUCCAAAAGAGAUGUAACAUUCUUAUCUGCACACAGUUUGUGCUUUUUCAUUCAGUAUUCAGGGCAUGGCUGCGAAACUGCCAGGCAGUGCUCAGAACAGUUGCAGAAAACUGGAAAAAAGAUGCCUCGAGCUGAUAAAAUAUCACUUGUUCUGAUUAGAGCCUGAUACCUAUUUCUAGUUUCAGAACUUUUCAUUCAAUUUAAUCUUUUUUUACUAUCAACUGCUGGCACUUUACAAAUGUUCAUGGUUGUUUGUCACAAAGUAAACAUUGUCAUUAUUUUUAGGGCUCAUUUGCAGUAGAAAAGAUUCUUUCUACAUCUGAAGAUGGGAGCAAAGAUGAACAAACAGGAUUGUACAGUGUAAGCACAGCUGUAUUUUCUUGCGUGUUGUUUUUCAGAUGGCCUGUGAGAAGACAUUUUCAGUGAUGCACCAUGUCAUCCAGAGGACCAUUUCUUAUGCUCAUGGUAAGAAAAGUGGACUUGAUAUCAGUGUGUAAAGCUCAGGUUUAAAUGGUCCCUGAAGAGUCAAAGCUAACAAACAAAUACAGUUAUUACUUAUCCCCGAUAAAAGUCAUGCUACCAACAUCAAUAGUAUUGACCCCUCUUUUUUCUCUCUCUCUCUCUCUACCUUUUAACCUCAGAGUUAGCAGGUCCUGGUCGAAGGCCCAGUCCACCCCAGCUGGAGUUGAGGAUGGUUCAAAGUAAAGCAGACAUAGAAGACCCUGCUAUAGUCACGGAGGCCACUGUCAUAUCCUAACAUAAUGGAACCAUAAGACUCAUACUAACCCAUAAAAAAUCUCUCAAAUCCUGUAUCUCGGUAAAUCUCUCAUCAAUGUAAACCUUGACUGUCAUCUCCAAACUUCAACACCUCAUCCUUCAGACUCCUUAAACUCCUUUAGUAUUGUAACCCCUGUUAGUCCCGUCGCCCUUUACCCCUUUAAGACCUCAGUGUCCUGACCCUGUAAACCUUUUACCUGUGAGUCCAAAAACCUUUACCCAAACCAGAGCCAUGGAUAAACAAAACAUUUGGUCUGGUCUGACUAUGACAGGCUACUGUUUCGUCUCUGUCAGAGGUUUAUGUGAAAGCUGGAGAGCUUAGAUUUUAUUGUUUAUUCCAGGACUUUUAAACAUAUAAGGGCACAAGUUAUAAACAAAGUUGAACAGAAAAAAACAGAUACUUUUAAUACUGCAUUUUAAAAUGAUUUGAUCUCAAUUAUUUCUACAUUCAGUAGAAUCUGAAGUCAUAUUUUCAACCUAAAGUCAAUGCAAUGGAAACAGAGUUUUGCUGUCUCUGAGAGAGAGGGAAGAGGAAUUGAGGAGAGUGGGCACUGCUGAUGAAAACAAAAGAAACAAAAUUUUAAAAAAAGGGGAAAAUCUGAUUGUUUUAUAACUGAAAGACAAACACAUUUCUGCACAAAUAUGCAGAAAGAUAAACACACAACUGCAUAAUGACUGACGGUAUAGAUGUAAAUAAAAUAGAUUAAAAAAAUGUUUAAAAACAUUUCUUCCAAAGUAUUAUAGGUUAUACAGAGGACCUAUUUUAUCUGGAGUGUACACUUGAUAAAAUGACCAGUUGUGGCUGCACAGAGUUCAGUUGUUGUACUGAAACUGGUCUUAUUUUUAUUUUUAUUUUUUUUUAACUUGUAUUCAGUUUCACAAUCCUGGUAUCCAGACAACCCAACUAUGUAAUGCUACAGAUGUUUAACAAACAUAGAUGAGUACAAUGAAAUGAGGAAUAUGUCAAAAAAGGUUGGCAAAAACAAGAUUUGUCGACAUGUCAUCCUGAUUAAGAGAGCAAAAACUCUGCACACUUCACUAGAGGUAUUUUUCUCUGAUGUUGGGAUAGUUCACAUCUGACGGAAACACACCAGAGCCAUAAAACCUGAACUCUUAUUCAGCGGCACGGUUCUGUUGAUGCAAUCCAAAAAUAAACACUGUAACAUACUUUCAGUGUUAAGCUGAAUGUUGUUUAACAGGUUCCCUUCAGCUCUACCUCUAAAUUCCUUGUAACCUUGCCCACCAUAUUGCUCUAUAACUGCCACUUAACUUAUGUCGUCUAUGUUUCCACAGAGUGUUUUUUAUUUUUUUUCAAGACGGCUCCUCGCGCUCUGCCAAAUAGCACGAUUGCAGCACUGACAUUGCUGCUGCUGUACAGCUCUAACAUUUUGUUUAUCUAUGGCUCUGCUUACCACUAUUUGAACCCCUUCCCCCGUCUUACAGCAGUGAUGUAAUGGUGACCAAGUCUAACCCCCCUGAGACCCCCUGAAAAUAUAACAAAGGAAAAAAAAACGCACAAUGUAUAGUUGAUGUAUAGAUGUUGUACUAUAACUGUAUUGGACCAUCUGUAUGAUAUCUUCUAUCUGAACUGUCUGUUGGAUCAUCGUGUUGAUGCUACUGUACUAUAGAUCACACGCACUACAAUAUCACUGAAAACAGAGACAUCUGGGCUGCUUCUGGCACUCCUGGAGGCUCUAUUAGUUUCAGUCUGUGUCACUUUGUUAGUAUUAGGUCAAUGUUUAAUAGCCAUAGUACAUAGUUAAACCAAAAUAAAGAGAACUUGGCAACCUGAGCUGUCUGAGCUGCCAAGGAAGAGUUAACUACAACUAGAUCAAGCAGAAAAUUGGCUACCCGAGUGCCAGAACCAGUCCACAUCAUGCCGGAUGGUUCCCGGCGCAGCUCUGGCCCAGAACCCUAUAUCUGGAAGAUGUGCCACUGAGUUAACUGGAGAUCCUGAAAAGUUGUGUGAAGAAAAACGACCAUGUUCAGUAGCAGUUCUGAGGAUAUUUGUCCCAGGAACUUUUUUUAUUUAUUAACUUAACACUCAACUAUUAUCACAACAGGUUUGAGCUUUCAUUUGAAGCUGGGAGUAUUAAAUACUGGAUCAGGCCUGAAGUAGUUUCUGGAUAGGCUGAAGCCACUUUGAAACAGGUUUUUGCCUUGGCAGAACAAACAAUUAACUUCAAGUAUCUCUUCAUUUUUCUGGGAUUCAGUAUUGUUUUUUAUUGUCACUGCCAGUAAAGUGUAUCAGCCCCAGUGAGUAAUACAAAGCAAAGAUAACACUGGAAAGUUCAAAUCCACAAUAUUUAAAAAUGUAACCAACAAAUAUCAUUAAUUUUAAGGGUGAUAUUUCCUUUGAUUGGUUCACUGUCAAAAUGUCUCAGUUUGAAUUUCCAAAAAAAGCAGUCUGAGUUUUUAAUUUUUCCGCAGACAAGAGGUCAGAGACGGCAUGUGGUAGUGGUCAUGAGCUGGUUUCAAACCAAUGAUGUGUUUACCCAGCAUGUGCCUUAGCCCACAGAGCUACUGGGGCACUGCAGGAAAUGAGUGGUUUUAGUGAGAUUUGAACCACAGUCAGGAUUUUUGUCCUCCCCCUUUUCCCGUUUAUUUAAAUCUUUAAUGACUCACAAAUAACAGGAAACAAUUAAGUUGUCAUUUAAUCUACUGAACAACGAUUGCGAGUUUUUUAAGGUGGAAACCAAAUGUUUGGAGGCUUUAAAAAAAAAAAAAAAUCCAUGUUUUUUUCAGUGUUGCAUCUGAGCUGGAUGUAAGGUUCUGGGCAGGCCAAUGUAAUUCUGUACUGCUGUUGUUUCUCUAUGGACUGUACUGUGAUACUGCCUUAGGACCUCACAUUUCAACACCACAACACUGCUCACUGAGGGAGAGGAGGGGUGGAAGGAAACAUGACAUGUCUUAAAUAUGUAGGUGCUUUUUCUCUGCAAAAUAUUGCACCAUGGUGCGCUGACAUAGGAAGAACAUGAGAUUGCAUUUGCUAAACCUUUCUGUUGAAAGCCAUAAAGGAUUUUUACAUUUUAUUUUGUAAGUUUUUACAUACAUCAGCAGUUUUUACAAUGACAGAAAAUCAUCACAUCAUUUCCCUUACAUUGCUUUUCUUUCCUGACACUGGACUAUUUUGUGAGGGUUUAACAAAAAAAGCAACAAAUGUUACAUUUUAGAAUUUGAAAUACAGAAACCAGUUAACCUUUCUAUAUUAUUUAAACAGCUUAUCAAAGUCAAAGUCUGUCAGUUAUUUUAAUUUUUUUUUCUCACUGUCAUCCUUCACCCUUUGACAGAAUACAGACUUGAGGGUAAUGUUGAAACACCUCUCAGACUAAUGGCAAAAUGCAGUCUCAUUUAAAAAGUGCAAUAGUCAGAGAUGGUUUUUGUACUGGUCUAGCUGUAUUUUGCCACUGUAGCACUGAUUGUCAUAUCAAUAACAGACUGCUGUGUGUCCGUGUGCUUGGCCAACCAGCUUUAGGCUCCGCUAUGAUCAACAUGUGCACUUUCCAAUCCUCUGCUUCCUGCUGACAAACCAGUACUCUGUGUUAUUGGGUCAAAAUGUGUCUAUCUGUUAGUGUCUCUGUGUGUUGUGUGUGAGAGAGUGGAUGUACAUGUGUGUGUAUAUAAUUGUCCUUUUAUGGUCACAGGGUUUUGUGUGUACGUGUGUGCAUGUGAGAGGAGGAGGAUAAAGAAAAGACAGGAAUAGUGCACAUGAGAAGAGGAGGGGAGGUAUGUUCAAGAGGACAAUCAUUCUGUAAUGAAACACAUACAGCUUUGGCUGAUCAAGUUUCCACUUAUCUGCUAAAAAUAGAGGAUUGUUUUUGUUCCGGACUUAUCAAAAGGGAAACUCAACCAUACAAAAUGUUUCCUUGAUGCCUCAUGCCCCCCUGACUCUUCCUCCCCCUCUGGCCAUCCACAGGCAAAUCCUGCAGUGCCAGUGGUUAUGUCUGUAGUGUUAGUUUUGAAACCGUAGACUUGCUCUGUGUGUGUGCGUGCGUGUGUGUGUUUGUUAUAUGGUUAAACUUGUGCCUCCACUCCUCCCCACUGGCUCUACAAGAUCAUCACUCCUGUUUCUGAUCUUGUUCGUUUCUCCACUUCUGUGCUGUUGCUUUUGUGUCAUGAUCAGAUCAGUGACAAACAUGAUCAUCUGCCCUGUUUCACAUACCGUCACCAACUUUUCAUUUAUCCCAAUUUCUGCUGCUACAUUUCUUCCCAAAGUCAUCCUAAAAUUCCUGGUAACCAUUUUGAAACCCUGAUGACUAAACACGCUUUAUUAGAAUGCUAACAAAAAAUGCUAUGGGUAAAUUGGAUACUGGUAAAUUACAGCUGCAUGCAAGCAAAAAGAACUUCUUCAGUCAGGGAGUUUCCAUUUUUUCUGGAGUUGUAGUUUGAAACCGAUCUUGGUUCAGACACUUUCUAAUUACUUGUUUCUACAAAGCUGCCUGACUAAGCUUUACAAGACUUUUUUUAUUUUUCUUCUAUUAUAAUAAACACAAAUCAUAUAAACACACGUGAUUACAUCACUAAUGUAAUUCGCUCGUUCAGUCUAACUUUAUGUCUUGUCUUAAUUGAACAGUGUAUGGAUUAUUUGGGGGGUUUUUUUUAGAUUUAAUUUGAUAUUUAGGUAACUAAAUUGGCCAAACAAAGGUCAAGGGUUGUCAAGUUGAUGUUUAUAUUGGUAAGCCAGCUGGUUAAGUUAGCUAACUGUAUUUAACAGGCACACAUUGCAUUGUUAUUGCAUGUAGCAGAAACUGGAUGUGUUUUAUUGGUAGACUGUAUAAAUCAUGUGAUGUCAGCCAUUGCUUUCUGUAAAGGCAAUAUGGCUACAUAAACUGUGGUCACCUUUCCAGAAAUGCAGACUCCAGAUAAUUUAAUGUAGACACUAAGGGAGCGGUGAAGUUGUGCCGACAGCCAUUCCUCCAGGCAAACAGCCGCAAAUAUCUACCUUGUAGUUUUUUGCUCUUCUGCUUGGGAUUCACCUUUCAACCCUAGAGGCUGCUGCUCAGUUUUAACUAAUAACUACUUAUUAUAAGUGAGAUAAGUCUUAACUUACAUGGACCUGCUCCAACUAUACAGUUUGUGUGUUUAUUUUAAAAGUCAUCCGGAUCAUGGAGUUCAUAUCACUUUGUUUGCUCUGUCUACAUGAAUCAAACCAGGCCCUCCACAUCUCUGUCUGUUAUUUAGAAAAUAAGAAGAGACCCAGCCUUACCAUUUGCUUGCUGCUUACCAUACUUAUUUUUUCGCUCAUCUCUCCCCUUGCUCUCUGUACUUGUUAAUGAUAAGACCCCCUCCCUUCCCAUACCCCCAUCCAUUUGGUUACAAAAUGGCUGCCACUCAAAAUUGCGAUGGUCAAACCAUCUGUGUCCGACAAUGUUCCCCUCCUCUCCUCCCAAUUGAGAGUUUCAUCUCUGCCAUCUUGUUUUUUUAUGUUCUUGGUGGCCAAAACAAAACGAGGAAAUGUAUAAUCAUUGUUUGGUAACUGUUUUUAGUGCUAUGUUUUUGGAGCGUUAAGAGUAUUUUCUAACAUGUUACAAUAAAAGAUUGUAGUGUACAAAUUCACAUUUAUAAAAUAUAUAUAUAGAUAUAUAUGAGAAAUGUAUGUUCUAAUGCAAUAAAGAGAGAUUAAGAAUUAUGAAAAAGGG